UACAAUCCACUCAUUCGUUCCUAACAAUUCCUAACGAUGCAUUGUUCGCUCUGUGUGGCCAUAUUGUAGCCCUCGUCUCUGCGCAGGACGUUGACAAGAGGCUGGUUGAUAUCUCCGACACUCAGCUGGAGGUCAAGGAGAUGCACACCAAGCCCAAUGUGGACACCUUCGUCGUCACUGUCCAGCGAACGGAUGACCUCCUUGCUGACGACGGCACCUUCCUUGCCGAGCGUGUCAUGGCUGUUGCAUUUAACUUUGAUGUCCAGGAUCACGAGGUCCUAAUCAACAAAGUCCCUUUGAACUUUGGGUCGCAGGAGAAGCCAGAGGAACCCAUCACAGUCACAGUGACUGUCGAGGCUGGUGUCAUUGUCGGCCCCGCACUCGACCCCGAGACCAAGGUUGAUGACCUCAUGGAGGCCUUCGAUACCGGCCUCGUGACCGUCCAGGUGACUGCCUCAACUGAGUUUGUUCCCAUUGAAGAUGGUUCAAUUGUCCGCCGUGUUACCCUCAGGGAGACCAUUGUUGAAGUCAACGGUCUCGAGAUUACACAGACAGACGCUGCUCAGCAGGUCUUCGAGAUCAUGCCCGACGGCUCCCUUGGCAGCUACACUCCUCUUCCUUUCGGCAACAGCGGUUGCCAGCCUGGCAAGGACUUUGAGGACGCCAUGGAGUCCAUUGACGAAUGGUUCCGCUCGCUCAACUGGCCCGGAUUCCUCUGCGCUGGUUUGGUCGCCGUCUCCAUGUUUGUCUUCUCUGCUACCUCGCUCCGCUCUCUGAUUCAGAAGCGUCGCCAGGCUCGCUAUGCCAAGAUCCACCAGCACGAGGCUGCGGACGAAUUUGUGCAGGUCACUGUCAUCGAGGACAAGAAGCUGGAUGAUGAGAAGAAGGCCCUCAACCUCUAAAGGACUUCUUUUUCUUAUGCCCCUAUUACCGUCUUGACGGUAAGCUGCAGUCCUCCGCG